UGGCGCCAAAGCGAGGAGCUGCUUGCUGGAGCUGAGGGGCUCUGAACAAUAGAGGUGACGGGGCUGGGAGCCGGGAGCCCAGCGACCGUUUGGCGUGACUUGGCAGUUGACGAGACCGCUGGAACCAGGCGCGACCAUCAUGUUCUGCGAAAAAGCUAUGGAGCUUGUCCGCGAGUUACACCGCGCGCCGGAAGGGCAGCUGCCUGCCUUCAACGAGGAUGGACUCCGACAAGUUCUGGAGGAGAUGAAAGCUUUGUAUGAACAAAAUCAGUCUGAUGUGAAUGAGGCGAAGUCAGCUGGCCGAGGUGAUCUGAUACCAACCAUCAAAUUUCGGCAUUGUUCUUUGUUAAGAAAUCGACGCUGCACUAUAGCAUACUUGUAUGACCGGUUGCUUCGGAUUAGAGCACUGAGAUGGGAAUAUGGCAGUGUCUUGCCAAAUGCUUUACGGUUCCACAUGUCUGCUGAAGAAAUGGAGUGGUUCAACCAUUAUAAAAAGUCUCUUGCUACUUACAUGAGGUCACUGGGAGGAGAUGAAGGCUUGGACAUCACACAGGAUAUGAAACCCCCCAAAAGCCUAUAUAUUGAAGUGCGAUGUUUAAAAGACUAUGGAGAAUUUGAAGUUGAUGAUGGCACUUCAGUCCUGCUUAAAAAAAAUAGUCAGCACUUUUUGCCUCGGUGGAAGUGUGAGCAGUUAAUCAGACAAGGAGUUCUAGAGCACGUGCUGUCUUGACUGUAUCCUGUGAUGACAACAGCAAGGCACUUCAGGCUCUGCCAGGUGUGAAGCCAAGCCUAGCUUAGCAUCCUCACAGUGUCCUUACUGGACCUCCCCUUUCUUCUUUGAUUUUAAAUUUACAGACAUGCUCUAAGGUAAUCAAGAGGGCUUCGGUUAUAGCUCAGCAGAGAGCACUUGCUUAGCAUUUGAGGAAACCCAG